CACAACGGGUUCAGUUGUUACGCGGAGCGCAUAGUGUUAACUUCGUGUAGUUUUUUUUUCUCAUUUCCAAAGAAAAAAAAGUUUCAAAAGUGAGUUUUCUCGUGUUAUUCGUUUUUCCUCUCAAGAAUAUUGUGAUUUCUCAUCAACUCGUGAUUUUUACUCAUCAUAUUUCUAACCUCAAUCACGAAAAUCUUACAUACUGGAUGGAAAGAAAAUUUAGGAAGUUUGGAAAAUUAUCUAUGAGAAGUGGCUCGUCAUACUGAAUUCAAUUGUUUAGCCGGUGGGAAAUGAAGGUGGAAUGUAAACAAAACGAACACAGUGUUUUUAUAGUGUCAAAAUAAGUGUUUUCAAUUCGUUGGUACAUUUAAAUGCGAAUAUAAUUUUUUAAAUACAAUUUGAAGAAAAGAAGAAUAAUUUUUUUCUUGUGAAAUCUGUGCUUGUGAUUUUUAUUGAAAGAAAAAGAGGAGCACAUUUGUGCGCGCCAGUGUUUUUCUUUUUCAAACGGAGGUAAACCGGAAGCCGCUAUAUUGGAGAGGAAGAGGGAAAGCGGCGUGCCGCUGUUUUGUGUGCCGCGGCAGAGGCGCUCGUCACAGUCAGAAAAUGUAAGUUGUCGAACUACUUCUACUAAUGCAACGCAGCUCUUUUGGAAUGACGAGAUGAUUGCGAGUCUUCCGAUGAACGGCGGGGGUGGCAGUGGGGGGCCAAUGAGUCGAGUGGGACGAGGACUGGCCCUCCAUAGAUCGAAUUCCAGUUUGGAAUUGCCACACAGCCCGGAUCCUGCUUCAAGAAUACCGGAAACACCCCUGAGACGGGAAUAUGGCUCACAUGGCAGUAUCGACGUGGUGGCGCAAUCAGUAUCCGUAGGCGACAAUCUCUUCAGUAUGCUGCAAGAUUUUCGUCCGCCCGAGCAGCGUAGUCCAUCAUCGGAUUUUAUGCGCCGAGUACAGGAUGUCCAGUCACCGGACGCUGAUGAAGUUUGUGGACCAACCGGAAACAGUCCGAAACUGCGACUGAAGCUGAAUCGAUUGUGGGGCGGAAAACCGCCACGAGGCUCUGAAGAAACUUGCACCAGUCCCGUGAUUUCGGCCGACGUCGAGGAGAGACACAGAAGACGGGCAUUCGCUCAUUACGACUGUCAAUCAUUCACUGCCAAUUUAGGUUACGCUGCCAAAUUACGAGGUAUCUUACUAGCCAGAAGAAGGAACACUGCCACCGGAGCAUCGGCCGCGAGUUCCUUACGAUCGUCGACUCCUGACGAGGCACCCGAGGAGGACACGGGAGAUGGAAAAGGUAAUGAUUUGCUCGAAUCGUGUCCAUUCUUUCGAAACGAAACUGGCGGAGAGGGUGAAAGAGAAGUUGGAUUAACUCGAUGUCCAAAUACAAAUGGCAUUCACAGGCCACCCAUGGCCUAUGGUGUUUCUGUCUUGGAGCCACCACCUGGAGAAACUCUCUGGAAACACACCUGUCCUCUCCAAAAAAGGCUUAUGCCAAUUGAAAGCGUCGACGAUGGUGCUUACUAUUAUCGUCGAUAUUUUCUCGGUCAAGAACAUCAAAACUGGUUCGGAAUGGACGAGCAACUUGGUCCAGUCGCGAUUAGUAUUCGAAAGGACGGAACUCAGUAUCGAAUAAUUGUCCGUACCACGGAGUUGUUGACACUUAGAGGAACAAUUCCCGAAGAGGCUUUAGGAAUAAGACAACAGGGGAAAAUACCAACGAGGGAACUUUUAGAGUUGGUUGCCCCGGAGGUGCAAAUGAAUUGCCUACGAUUGGGAACACCGAGCUCUGAGCCGGAAGUCGCCAAUGUCGAUGAACACGGCCUCACCAGCAGGUACAAAAUCGGCGUUCUCUACUGUCGUGCAGGACAAAGAACUGAAGAGGAAAUGUACAAUAAUCAACACGCCGGUCCUGCAUUUCUCGAAUUUUUAGACACAAUUGGCCAAAGAGUAAGACUGCGUGGAUACGAGGGUUUUAAAGCGGGUCUGGACACGAGAACUGACUCGACGGGAACUCACGCGGUCGUCGCAAAUCACCGUGGAGCGGAAGUUACUUUUCACGUUUCCACGAUGUUGCCCUUCACGCCAAACAAUAGACAGCAGCUGUUACGAAAAAGACACAUCGGAAACGAUAUAGUCACGAUUGUCUUCCAAGAACCAGGAGCAUUGCCCUUCAGUCCAAGGAGAAUACGUUCGCAAUUUCAGCACGUUUUUAUUAUAGUACGUGUUACAAAUCCCUGUUCGGAGAAUACUCAAUAUACUGUCGCAAUUUCGAGAAAUAAGGAGGUGCCUAUUUUUGGUCCACCAGUACCUGUUGGCGCUUCAUUUCCCAAAGGGAAGGCUUUCGCCGAUUUUAUCCUUGCCAAAGCGAUUAACGGAGAAAAUGCAGCGCACAAGGUGGAAAAAUUUGCGACGAUGGCAACGAGAACGAGAUUGGAAUACUUGAGAAAUUUAGCAACGAAAUACUCAUCGUCAUCAAUGGUUGACACUGGACAGAAAUUUUCAAUGCUUUCAUUUAGCAGUAAAAAGAAAGCAGUUGUACGACCUCGUCUGCCGUGUGAUGCCUCGCAACGUGGUGCGAUAUGCUGGCAAGUUAUUCUCGAGGACAGCAAUCAAAGUACCGAUUGCUAUCUUGGCGUGAGCAUCGAUUCCAUCGUACUUGUUGAAGAACACUCGCGACAAAUAGUCUUUGUUACACCCUGCGUGGGAGUUCUCGGAUGGCACGCCCAAACCAAUAGAGCAAAUGAAAUGUUCGAUUUCAGUUUGAGACUUUACUACCAUCAGGGCGAAUGUAUAACGAUACAUGUGCGUGGUGAUUGUGGCGAACGCGAUGAAUUGAUGGAAAUUGUGGCCCGAUUGCGAGCAGUGACUCAAGGAUCGCCAGCCUCGGAGUUGUCGUUGAAGAGAAAUAAUUUGGGACAAUUGGGAUUUCAUGUUCAGCCGGAUGGAGUUGUGACACAAGUGGAGGGAAUGGGUUUCGCUUGGCAAGCGGGUCUCAGACAAGGUUCGAGACUCGUGGAAAUUUGCAAGGUCGCCGUUUCAACUUUGAGUCAUGAUCAAAUGGUCGAUCUGCUGAAAACGAGUUUGCAAGUUACCGUCACAGUCAUUCCGCCAUCCAGCGACGGUAGUCCACGAAGAGGCUGCACUUUACAGAAAUGUCAAUAUUUAUCGGGGAAUUAUGAGGGUGAAUAUGAGAACGUAACGACCACUGAAAACACACCCACGCAGCAGACGACAAUUGCCCAGCAGAAGAGGUACGACAGGUCAUUCAGUCCUCCGAGAUCGAGCAACAGUUCUGGUUACGGGACCGGUUCAAGUUCGAGGUCGUUCAACGAUCCACGGUUUCCCCUGGAGGGAACCAUGACCAGCAGCAGCAGUGGACACAGUAGCGCUGACGAUCGAUGGUAUGAACUCCUGGAGCCUCAGGAUCAGGAUCAUCGUCGGGACGAGACUCCACCCCCUUUGCCAGCGAGGCAAAAUUACCAGCUCGGCACUCCAAAAGGUACUCCGGGUCUGAAGAAGGAAUCACACUACUCGACGGGGAAGCAAUUUCUCGACUCAGUGAGGCAUCACAAUCACGAUCAUUUUGCAAAAGAGUCGAAUUACGUUUCGCCGAGAGCACUUCAGGAGAAUAUUCGACAGGAAACUUACCAGCGACUCGAGAAUUCUCAUCGUAGUCCCGACGUUCGAAAUCAGGAUCAUCGCAGUCCUGACGUUCGAAAUCAGGAUCAUCGCAGUCCUGAUGUUCGAAAUCAGGAUCAUCGCAGUCCUGAUGUUCGAAAUCAGGAUCAUCGCAGUCCCGACGUUCGAAAUCAGGAUCAUCGCAGUCCUGAUGUUCGAAAUCAGGAUCAUCGCAGUCCCGACGUUCGAAGUCAAGAACAUCGCAAUCAGGAGCAUCGUAUCUACGAAAUUCGAAAUCACGAUCCUCGUAAUAAUGUCGAGCGACGUAACGAUUCCCGAAGUCACGAAAUUCAUCACAAUCACAAUCACGAAAUUCGUAAUCAAGAGCACCGAAAUUCGGAGCACAUUUCCCAAAGUUAUGUGAAGCAACAAAAGGAAAAGUACGAAGUAAAGGAGAGUGCUUACGCGUCGCAGCGGGAAAUUCACAAGAAUGAAUUGCAUUCGCAUCAGAAACUUGGUGUAUCAACUUCACUGCCUUUGGUCCAAAAUUCCAGUUACAGUGUCGCCAAAUCGGGGAGUAAUAAUAAUUUAAUUCGAUACAAUGAAUACGAGCAGUACAACAAUGAGACGAAAGCGGAUCGCAAUUCAAAGUAUGAGAUUUAUGAGGAGAAACGAACGAAGCACGAGGAGGAGGUGGUGAGACAACGGGAGAAGCGAACUGGUUAUGAUUUUGAAGAGACCUACGAGAGACGGGGCAGUAAAUAUGAAUCUGAUUUGAUUAGAAAUGAAUUGAGGUUUAAUGAACAACAGAGUGCGGAGGGGAAGCAUGAAGAUCAUGAGCACGUGCGUGACACUAAACGGUAUCAUGAAAUACCGCAUGAAUUUAAAGUUGGGGAUAAGGUCACUUGUCUGAAGACGACAAUGUCGGAAAGACCCGUUCCGCAUAAGGUGUGCAUCGAGUACAGACCAAAAGAUUUCAUCACGAGUCUCCCUCCGGAAAUGAGAGUCACCGAUGGCAAUGCCACGGACAUAUCGACGCUUCCCAGUGAGGACGAAUUAUCAAACGGUUCGGGCAGCGUUUCACCAAGAAUGCGACGUGCAAAUAAACACAGAACCGGAAACUUAACACCGUCAAGUGGCGGUUCAAGAAAUCAGAGUCCACGCCCUAAACCUGGUGCUAGAAAUUCCUACAGAAACUCAGCGAAUUUAACAUCGAGUACACUUCAGGAGGAUCUAAUGAAACUGAUUAAUCCCGAUUUUAUUUCCGACGACAAUCAAAUUGUGAACAAUAAUUUUCCUGCUAACAAUCAAAAUACAAACAACAAGGUGAAUAAUAAUAUUCUCGAAAUUCAAAAUCGAUGUAGAUCGAGGGAAAAUUUGUGUGGGAACAGUACAUCGACUCUCAGCGUUUUGGAGCGAAAUGGACAGGAAAAUGGAAAUGCCUCCGAAGUUAUACUCACAAUGGCGAGGCCAGCGACUGUUAUUUCAAAUGCGAGUACAGCUUCGAGUCCUGCGCCGAGUGAGAAUAAAAUGACGAAGGAAGAACGUGUUUCUUUUAGAUUGUCGCCGAGAGUGACGAAGACUCCGCAUACAAUAACGAAACCCCCAAGCACUUUAGCUGCCAUAAGAGAUGCGAAAAUACAGUUGGAAAAUGAAGCGAACGGUUGGCCUAAUCAUUUGGAUCCCAGUGCGAAAGUGACGAAACACUGUCAAGAUUGGCCCGAGGAGAGAAUUAUUGAUGGCAACAAUUCAACGAAUGAAGUCUCGGAUUUGCAUAGUCAUCUUUCAACAUUGGAAUUGCGAAUGGCUAGGGAAACUCGUCGACGACUCUCAUUAGAAGACGAGGUGCGUCGUUUACGAGACGAAAAUCGCAGACUCCAAGACGAAAGUCACGCGGCUGCUCAACAAUUACGACUCUUCACUGAAUGGUUCUUUCAAAAUAUAGAUCAUCAGUAGAAAAAUACUCUCGAACCUUUUCCACAAUUUUUUUUUCUCUCUUAAAUAUCACACUAUUAGAAUUUAUUAUCAGAUAUAAAUUAGUAAUAGUUAUGAAUUUCUUUAAAUUCUCUCUCUCUCUCUCUCUCUCUAUCUCUCUUUCAACGUUUAUUAUUCAGCGUUUCUAUUAUUUCAAUUCACUAAUUGAAAACAAAAAAAAAUAAUUCUCAAGCGUAGAAAAACCAAUUUUUCUAAUUCUUUGAAGAAAAAAAAAGUUUGUCUCAAACUUAAUUUAAGCCCUCGAGAUUAAAAAUAGAGGCUCGAAAAACUAUUUGGAAAACGUUUUUUGAAAAAAAAGUGUAUUUUCUAUAACAUAGGAUUCAAUGCAGUAUUAGUUACUUUUUAUUUUCAAAAACAAAACAAAAAAUAUAGAUAAUGUAUAAAAGAAAUAAAAAUUCGCGAACUAUUUUCAUCGCGAAAGAAUUAUUUCACAUUUUUAUUGGAGGGAAAAAAUAUUUCUUUUUCAUUUCUUACUAAAAAAUUUGACAAAUUAAAUAUUUUUUGUAAAAUAUUAUUUCUAAAAAUUUAUAAUUUAGAAGUAAGACUAAAGAUAACUAUAAUUAGAAUUGAAGAAUCGUAAAAUAAGUUACCAUCGUUGUUAUAUUUCGUGAAAAAAUGCAGACAUUUCUUUACACGAAAAAAGAAUGAAAACGAAAAGAAAAGAGACAAUUUGUAACUUAUAAUCUACAAUUCUUUAAACUUUGAAACAUUAAUAAACAAAUGACCAAAUAUUAUUGUUAUUAUCACAUUAUAUAUGUAUAUCAAUUUUUAACCGUUCUGUAAUUUAUUACGUUUUAUAUUAAUAACAAAUUUAAACGUAUUAUUAUUGAAAUAUAUAAGAAUUUCGAAAUAACACUUAUAAUCUUCAGUUUAUAUAUAUAUAAAAAAAUUGAAGAAAAUGUUUCUUCUAUAUAAAGCCUUGUCACAAAAUAUAUGUUAGAUUUAUAAAUAAAAAUCUAAUGUACGACGUUUGUAUAAAUAGACUAUUUAUUCGUCCUCAAUCAUUAAUUAAUAAAAGCAAAAGUAUUUUAUAACAAAA